GGGGGUUAUUUCGCGAUCAAGAAGGCGGAAUCCCCAUGGUGAGGCCUACCCAUUGCACUUUUGGGCGGGCUGACCUAUGUGGCAGUCUCGAGUUGAGAUUCGCCAACAGCUUAAUUUUUGCGUAUCGGGGCUGCGUGCGCGCGGCCCUGAAAAAAAGAUAUACAUUAAUGAUUUUGAAUCACUGCAACUAAUUUUUGGAAGUUCUAAUUCAUAUAAUGUGCUCUGUGACUACUAUCUUCCAUUUUGCUCGGCAACUGAUGCUAUUUCAAGUUUACUUUUAACAGUUGGGAACAUAUUUUCAAUUCAAGAUAGCAAAGCUUUCGGAUAUUUCCCUUUUAACUGGCAUUUUGAGAAUAUUAUUAUUUCCAGUACUGUUUCCAUGUCUACAUCAUUUUGAACUACUGUCAAAGAGUUUAUUACUUUGGAAAACAUUUUUUAUCUAGAACUUUGAUGCCUUGUCGCAUGGGCUCUCUGGUAAAUAAUCACGAGCAUCAUUUAUACAUACAGAAGGUUCUGAACAAAUAACACUUAUAUAAAUAGUCACACUUUUUGAGUUUUUGACAACAAAAAAUGUCCGUCAACCCGUUUUUCGACCCGCGAACUCUUGGUGAAAUGGUAUUUGGAGAUAAUGGGAGAUUGGAUCGAGAAUAUGUACCAAUUUCAGAGAAUAAUGAUGAUUUGUCAGAUUGUCGGAAUGAGAUUGUCGAUACUCAUGAGAAAUUUUCUGUGAAUCUCAACGUCCCCGAUGUAAAACCAGAAGAACUGAAAAUUAAUUUAGAAGGAAGAAAAUUGUCGAUAAAAGCUGAACAUCAAGAAAUUGAAAACGAUAAUAUUUCUACAACCCAAACAUAUUCAAAAUCAAUAGUCUUGCCAGAAGAUGUUGACGUCACACACCUUUCAUCAAAUUUAUCAGAAGACGGAAAACUUUUGAUUGAAGUUCCAAAAGUGGAAGCUAAAAAGACCAACUUUUUCGGAUUUCUUUCCAAAUUCAGGUGUAUGCCAGAAUCUCAAUAGUUGCAUUUUUCCAUUGAUCUUAACAUUUUUGUAUAUAUUUUGAAUAGUACAGUUUUUAAAUUGCAGUCUAGUUUGUAAACAAAUAAAGAUAAUUACA